AUGGCCCGCACUCCCUCGCCCGAGGGGCGUGACGUCAUUGAGCGGGCGGCACGAACGGUUCAGAGGGUGUAUCGUGGCUACCGCACACGAAGAGAGCUUCGUGGGUUUGGGUUAUCGGCUUCGGCACGAUGGGCGGAGGCCGUCCGCGAAGCCCAGUGGCACCAACUUCAUCGACCCGCAAAUCUCCAAGUCGCGCCGGCGGAUGAUGGCUUCAACCAAGCCCGACGGAACUGGCAACGAGCGGUCAGCGUUGCUAGACGAGCCGGCGGUGACGAUGACCGUGUUUCGGGAUCGCCUUCCACCGGGAGCAAGUCAACCUACAUUGACGUGGUCUCAUCGGGGGCAGAGGCCAAGGUGAUGGAUCUCAAAUACUUCUUGGAAAUUGUGGAUCUGAAACAUCGACAUGGAAGCAAUCUGCGCUCAUACCACAACUAUUGGCAGAACUCACCAACCAACCAAAAUUUCUUUUAUUGGCUCGACUAUGGCGAAGGACGGAAUUUGGAACUUGAGCAAUGCCCACGAGAACGGCUCGAGAAACAGCAAGUUCGUUAUCUCACCCGCGAGCAACGCCUGAAUUAUUUGGUCACAGUGGACGAAGCUGGGUUGUUUCGAUGGGACAAAAGUAACGAGCUAGUGUGGACAAACAGUGCACGCUUCAAAGACAGUCUCGAUGGGAUUGUAGACAUAGAGGAUGAUGCACCGCAAUUUAUUGGCAAUGAAACCACCACGGAGUCUGCAUCUAUCUGCAGCUCUUCAUCAUCAUCACCAUCAUCUUCUUCUACGUCAUCCUCUACAACAAGCAUGGACAGUGCUUUAUCCGACGAGGAGACGAAACCUUUCACGGAAGAGGAGUACAAGGCUGCAAAGGUGAUGAAGAAAGUCCUCCAUGCUAGCCCGACCACUGCAUUCAAACGAAUGAUGGGCAAGUCCACCGAAAAGGAAAAUAUGUGGAUCUUUGUCGCAGACAGUUCUUUUCGCUUGUACAUUGGAAUUAAAAAAUCGGGCGCCUUCCAACACUCCUCAUUUCUUAGAGGUGCUCGCAUCGCCGCAGCUGGAAUGAUCAAGAUCAAACACGGUCAACUACGUAGCCUGGCACCGCUGAGUGGUCAUUAUCGACCUUCAGCCGCAAACUUUCGGGCAUUCCAUCAUGCGCUCCAACAACAAGGGGUCGAUAUGUCACAUGUCUCUAUGAGCAAGUCCUAUAUGAUGCUCGCUGGAAUCGAGGGAUACACUAAAGCGAAACGAAAACUGACUACCUAG